AAUGUUUACGAAAAAACAUGUUCAGCUAAUUACUGGAGGUCAAGCAUUUUCUCGUUACCGUAAAUGAUAAACAAUUUAGUCUUUGUCUAAGUCUUGCCGAAAAUAGACGAAAAAUUAAAGAAUUUGAAGGAAAAUGUUUCCAAAUAUUACUCAGACAAUACUUUUGCAGGCAGCUUUUCAAGUCGUUCUUAAUUCGUUAUCUUCAGAAAUCGAGACUCACACAACUUGUGUCAUCACUUCCAACGACUUUGAUGGAAGCUUUUACGUAGAAACUCCAAAUUUCCGGCUUGAUUGUGAUGAAAAAGUGCAAGAAUUUGAUUUAAAUUCGAAUUUUGUGCAAAAACUCAUGUUCGGAAUCAAUAAUGGAUGUGCUUAUUUUUUAGUAUCACAAAGCUGUGUCCCGCAAUUUCUUGAGGUUUUUUUCAAAACACACUUUUAUUCGAUGUCAAAAUUUAGGAACAAAGUCCUCGUUAUCAUCGGAAAUGGCCAAAAUAAUGACAUUUUGAAUGAAAAAGUGAUCGUUGAAGAAAUUCCUUUGACUUUACUACUUCAACCAAGAAAAAUUGAUGAAAUCACGGAAAAAAGUUCAAUUGAUGUCUAUUCUGCGUUCCCGUCUUCGCAAAGAGGUCAAAUUCGGAAUUCAUUCUUCAUUAAAAAUAAUUCUUUUGCGUUUCAAACUCGAUUUUUUCCAAAAAUCCUCGAUUUGGAAGGCAUGCGAAUCGAUGCUGGUUUCAUCCAUUUGCCGCCUUUUUCUUCGGGUGAAGUUGUUGCUCCAGGAAAAGGCAAUGCCCACACUUAUGGCUCAAACGAACUUUGGUCCAUGCAAUUGGGAGGUCAAGAAGGCACCAUAAUGGUUGAAUUUUGCAAGAAAUUUAAUUGCAACCUUUAUGCCCGUUUCGACUAUCACGACUCACUUUGGGGCGAAAUUUAUCCGAAUCUCACGGGACGCGGAAUGCUCGGCGAUAUGGCGUUGCAUGAAAUUGAACUGGCAGUUGGUUCUUUUUAUUUGGUGCAUGGUCGAUUUAAAACCGCUCAGUAUUCGUAUGUCGUGCAAUUAUCGUUUGUCACUCAUGCCUUGCCCAAACCGAAGCCCUUGGCGUAUUGGUACAUUCCAAUUUUACCGUUUUCGCCAAUUGUGUGGGUUUGUUUCGUCGCGUCGCUCUUCAUUGCCACAAAUGCAAUUCUUUUUUUGGACAAGGGACGCAUCCAAAUGCUCCCCAAUUCGAAAAUUAAGCCAGAAUCCGGCGUAAAUGCUUUUAUCAACGUUUAUCGCAUCAGCAUGUCACAAAAUGUCUUGGUCCGAUCGAAUGUUGGCUCAUCGCUCAUCAUGUACUCGAUUUUCAUGAUUUUUUGUCUCACCCUCAAUAGCUUCUACAUCGGCGGAUUGUCGAGUUUAAUGGCUGUUUUGCCAACUGAAGGUCCCAUUGACACAAUUGCAAAGCUCGUUCAAAGCAAUUUGGAAUGGGGAACGACUUCCGACACUUUUUUGCUGCCCGUAAUUCAAUCCACGGAUCCUGCUUUCGUGCGUUACGCGAAAAAUUUUAAAGUUCACGCUGUCGAAGACUUUCAUAAGCUCGUGAAACAACAACGAGCUGCUGUGAUUGUUGAAACGAUGCAAGGAGGGACGUUGUGCUAUCAGCAGUACAUCGAUCGGAAUGACUCGAAAUUCCUCAUGGUGCAAAAGGAACCACUUUAUACGGCUUACACGGGAAUAAUUGCGAGCAAAACGUGGCCUUAUAUGGAACAGCUGAACCGAAUUGUGAUGAUGCAAGCGGAAAGUGGCAUCGGAGCGUAUUGGGAGCACAAAUCUGCGGAACAAUCCAUGGAUUACGAGAUUCAGAGGAAUAUCAUUGCGAACACGAAGAACAAAGGAAGUCGUGAACCGGUAAAAUUAUCAGUUUCGCACAUCUUGGGACCAUUGUUUAUCUUGUUGUUCGGGAAUUUGUUUGGAUUUGUUGCUUUUUUGAUCGAAAUUUUUUGGGGAAAAGAUAAAAAAUUUGUUAAAACUUUCAAACGGAAGGUCACAGCAGUAAUUUAUGUGUUACGAGCUGAACAAUAA